GGGCGGCCGGCGGGGUAUGGGCGGCGGGGUGGGGCGCUGCCCGGCGGCGGUGCUGCUGCUGCUGGCGCUGUUAGCGCUGCCGGGCGGGCUGGGCAAGCCGACGGCGUGGCAGGAGCGGGCGCGGCCCGGAGCGGCGCAGCAGCACGAGGACGCGCCGGGAUUCCAGUACGACCACGAGGCCUUCCUGGGCAAGGAGGAGGCGCGGAGCUUCGACCAGCUCAGCCCGGAGGAGAGUCAGGAGCGGCUGGGGAAGAUUGUGGAUAGAAUAGAUGAAAACAAAGAUGGCUAUCUCACAACAGAGGAGCUGAAAAACUGGAUUAAACGGGUACAGAAACGCUAUAUCUAUGAAAACGUCGCUAAAGUCUGGAAAGACUAUGAUACAAACAAGGACAAUAAGAUCACCUGGGAAGAGUACAAACAAGCUACCUAUGGCUAUUAUCUAGAAAAUCCAGAAGAAUUCCAAGAUGCAACAGAUCGACACAGUUUUAAGAAAAUGCUGCCCAGAGAUGAAAGGCGAUUCAAAACUGCAGAUCUGGAUGGAGACUCAGCUGCCACUCGUGAAGAAUUCACUGCUUUCCUUCACCCAGAGGAAUUUGAGCACAUGAAAAACAUCGUUGUCUUAGAAACGUUAGAAGACAUAGACAAAAAUGAGGAUGGCUUUGUGGAUCAGGAUGAGUACAUCGCUGAUAUGUUUGCAAAUGAAGAGGGAGGACCAGAACCUGACUGGGUGACUACAGAGCGUGAGCAGUUCUCAGAUUUCCGUGACCUGAACAAGGAUGGAAAGAUGGACAAGGAGGAGAUUCAGCACUGGAUUCUCCCACAGGACUACGAUCACGCACUAGCUGAAGCCAGGCAUUUGGUCUAUGAAUCAGAUGUCGAUAAGGAUCAAAAACUAACAAAAGAGGAGGUUUUAGACAACUGGAAUAUGUUUGUUGGAAGUCAAGCUACUAAUUAUGGGGAAGACCUCACAAGAAACCACGAUGAACUAUGAUAUAAGUAUAUCAAGCAGCAUGCCACAGGCCUUUUCUCCAUUUUACUGAAUCUACCAUGCCCAUCCCUUUUUGGGGAGGAUGGACAAGGGACACACUCAAAACUGAAUGACUUGCGUAUAUUUUUAACAUGGCAGUUUAUUACCUCAGAAACUAUGUAGAAAUAGGUUUUUUUUUAUUCACAAGGUUAAAUGCUAUAUCUAAUAUACGGUUCUGUUUUGGGGAAAAAAUGGUAAUGUUUCUUAGUACGUUAGAUCUGGGAAAGGCACUUAAAACAUAAAUCCAAGGAUCUUCAAAAA